CUUGAAAAGAAGAAAGAGGAAGAAUCAAAGAAAAAGAUGAUGACGAUGAUGUGGGAGUACUAUUCAUGAGUUGUGAAUCCCAUUCAUGAGGUGCAAAUUUCCUUUGACCCACCAAAGAAAUAGUCGGAGAGCCGGGAUUCCAGGAAGAGAGGUACUUCUGCGAUCUCACUUCUCAGAGACAAAAUGGCGUGCAAUUCAGCAACCUGCAAUCCAGGUUGCUUAAGAGACGCCUCCCGCGAAGAUGCAGAAAAAGAACAGCAGAGUCAUCCAACGGCUGAUGAUCAUGGAACUUGCAAUGGAGACGAGCAUGUUUCCAACAGAGCCGAGUCCCUUAGCAACAGCAUCUGCUUAAAAUGUAAACUGAAUGAGACCAUCGCAGCCAGCGGCUUCGGCGCCGGUCUUAUUAAUGGAGAUGGAGGAAGGUUCUGUGCUGAUUGUUUCAGAAGCAAUUUGUAUUGGAAGUUCAGGUUUUCUGUUACCUCCAAUGAUAUGAUCUCGCCUGCAGAUAACGUCCUUGUAGCCUUCUCUGGGGGGGCCUCCUCCAGGGUUGCUCUUCACUUUGUUAGUGAGAUGCAGGACAAAGCUCAGAAGAAUUUUGAAGCCAGCAGAGACCGAGCAUUGCCGGUUUUUGGUGUUGGGGUUGCAUUCGUUGAUGAACAAUCAGUUUCAACAGACCAUUGUCAUGAGUUUGAUAUAGCAAUAGAAGAUAUGAAGUUGAUGGUGUCAAAUUUGGCUCCGCCACUGAAAAAGUUCCUCGUUGUCCCUAUUGAGUCUGUCUACACAUUAGAACCUUCUAAUGGAAGAGAACGGCUGAAAAAGUUGAUUAAUACUAUAAAUGAUACAACUGGGAAAGAAGAUCUCCUGGAGCAUUUGCGCAUGUUGGCCUUGCAAAAGGUUGCUCUGGAAAAUGGAUACACCAAAAUUGUGUUAGGCAAGUGCACAUCAAGGAUUGCUUGCCAUGUACUUGAAGCAACCGUCAAGGGAAAAGGUUACUCGCUAGCUGCAGACAUCCAGUACGUUGAUGCAAGGUGGGAAGUCCCAGUAGUGCUCCCCCUUCGUGAUUGUUUCUCUCAUGAGAUUGACUUGCUGUGCUGCCUAGAAAGUUUAAAGACAGUAGAAGUGUUUCGUGGUAAACGUUCUGGCAUCAAUGGUCUGGUCUCCUCAUUUGUGAAGUUAUUGCAGGAGGAGAAUCCUUCCAGAGAGAGCACAAUUGUAAGAACGGCUGGAAAGCUUACCCCUUUUCAUUUCAAUAGGAUUCCAGAAGAUAAUAAAUCUCAUGGUCCUGCAGCAUCUCAGAGGAGGCAGAGGAAGCGCAUUCUCAAAACAGAUAAUUUGCUCUCUCAAGAGUCAUUUUGUCCUGUAUGCAACUGUCCAAUCAAAAUGUCCGACUUAACAACUACGACCCAUUCUGAGGAUGCUCAAACAAGUGUGGAUCUUAUGGAGUUAUGCUGCUUGAGUUGCCGGUUCCAGAUUUUACCUGCAGAGCUCUCAUCUUUGAACCUUUUUCAUUCCUUCCUACCAGACCCAAUAGUUGCUCGAGCGAAUGAUGCGAGGUCUUUAAAUCAUAGUUGGCUAAGGGAGCAAAUAGAGGACUGCUUGCUCUCAGACACUGAAGUGGAGGCCUAAACAUGUGUUAUAAACUCAGCUUGCGGAGCAAGAAAUUGGCAGGAAAUCAAAGACAGUUCAUAUUGAAAUUUGGUCCGUGUUUGUAGUUCAUUAUGAUGGUCUGUUUGGCAAAAUUCCUAGAACUGUUCUUGAAACUAGUUAACUAGAAGAACUGUUUGUGAUUCUUCCAGCUGAUUCUGAUUAUUAAUUAUUUUAUAAAAUACUAUCCAGAAUAAUCUCAACUUCGACUG